UCUCAGCGUCAGUCGAAGUACACAUUCGACCCAAGUAAUAAUUUGUAACCAACUUUGGGUUUCGAAUCCCAAAUAAAAUGUCAGAAAAAGUCGCAGUUGUGCCCGCCCGCCGCGAAAUAACCGGCUUGAAUCGUAUGACGGAAAAGGGGCUAAAGGAGCUUUGCAAGAAGCACAAGCUAUAUCAGACUCCGCGCCUAAACGAUGUUCUCUAUCUGCACUAUCAGGGCUUCCAGAGUAUCGAGUGCCUGGAGGAGUACACAGGGCUUAAGUCCCUAUGGCUAGAGUGUAAUGCCAUAUCCGAGAUCCAGGGAUUGGAGCAACUGACCAAGUUGAAGUGCCUCUUCCUCCAGAACAAUCUGAUCACAAAUAUAGAGAAUCUGGAUGCGUGCCGCGAAUUGGACACCCUGAAUCUGAGCUCGAAUCAUAUUCGCAAAAUCCAGAACAUCGGCAGCGACAUUUUGCCAGUGUUAAAUACUCUAAACAUAGCAUCGAACUACCUGAAGGACAGUGAGAGUCUGGCGGACUUGGUACAGUGCAAGACAUUAUCUGUUCUGGACUUGUCGAACAAUCGCAUUGACGAUAUUCUGAUUGUGAAAAUUUUCGAGCAGAUGCCCAAUCUCAGGGUCCUGGUCCUGCAGGGAAACCCAGUGGUCUCGCGUCUGCCACAAUAUCGCAAGACAUUGAUUCUGGCCUGCAAAGAACUUACUUAUCUGGACAGUCGUCCUGUUUUUCCUCGGGAUCGGGCCUGUGCUGAAGCCUGGAAGCGAGAGGGCUAUGAGGGCGAACGCAAGGAAAACUGUCGUUGGAACCGCGCUGAACGUCGCAAAACCCGUGAAAGCGUAAACUGCACCAUUCGCAUGCGCAAUAAGCAUCGUCCUCCCGACCAGCAGAAUCCGCUGCUUAUGUCCAGCGAUUCUGAGGAAGAUGAAAAGGCGGCUGCGAUUUCUGCUGAGAAGAGCCGCAUGAAAGCCGAAAUGGAGAACGGCAAUGUCGAUGAUUUGUGGGAUGAGGUCUCCGGCGAGCAGAAGGAGCAAUCCGUCCACAGUGCCACAAGUUCCAGUUCGGCCGAGGACAACGAAAGCACCGGCUCCCAGGCCGAUGAAAUGGCUGAGAAAUUGAGUAAUCGCAAAAGUAUACCCCUUGAGGGUCGUCCUAAAGUCCUGUACGAGGCCGAGGCAGGCGACGUGCAGAGUAUCCAAAAGCUGGUCCAGCAGGCAAAGAAGGGAAAUGUAGAUGCCAAAGAAGAUGAUAGGGAACUUAAGGAUGUGGAAGAGACAGCCAAGCCCAAGGCGAAGCGUAUAUUGAUUGAAGAGGGAAGGCUUGAAGAAGCAAAUGAUGAAAUUGCUGAAAUUGAAUCUACUAAUUCCACUAGGGAUUUCGUAGACCCUGAGUCAACAGGUACUGGUGAAAACGACUUGCCAAAACCUCCCAGUGAUAAGGACUCUAACCAGCAAGCGUCCUUUGAGAUUAAUGAAGAUUCCGUUCCCCUAUUGGACAGUGAAUCCGAGCAGGAUGAUUCCGAGGGUCUUGAACAUACACGCAAGGCCCUUAAAGUAGUAUCUGAUAAUAAUGAGCUGGGCACGGAUCCAACGGCAGAGGAGAUUAAAAACAAGCUGGUUAGUGAACUUUAUGAAAGUUUCGGCGAUGAACUCGAUGACGACUCGAACGACGAGCCCCUGGAGCAGCUCCUCAAUGAGGACACUAUCAAAUACAAACUUGAAGACAGGGUUUGCUGUGAGGAAAGCACGACCCCUAGGGACUUGUAUCAGAAAGACGGUGAGCCAUGCCUUCCGGUCAAGAGCAAAGAACAAUUGGUGUUCGAGGAGGAAAGUGCUUUUACCACUGAAAAGUGUGCUCACGAUUUGGAAGAAAUAAGUUGCCACGUGGAUGAGGAUCUGGAUGAACUAAGGCAAUCUGUUUACUUUUCCGAAUCACAGAAUGAUCAAACAGACAGCGAGACCGACGAGGAAUCCCUGAAGCCCUACCUGGAGGCAAAGUCACCUAUUCUCUUGGAGCAAUUUAGUGAAAGACGAAGGCAACUAAAGGAGAGGGAAGAGGCAAAGACUAUAGGGGAAGUCCAGCCAGAAAUAACUGAAACAAGCACAGCUGAUGACGAUGACAGGCGAGAUCAAUUCAUAGCCAAGAUUUUGGACGACGCUACGGAUAAUGUUCCCAAGCGCGUCUUCGGAGCUGGAUGCGAUGUCCCAAGUCAUGAAUGGUCCUUAGAAGAACGCAUGCGUCAGUUGCAAUUGGAAGCACCGAAAGAUGAAUCUGAUGCAGCAGUUAAUGUGCUCCGACAACCAAUAUCAAGCAAAACCAGUGCCGAGCAGGCUGAGGAAAUCUGCCAACAGAUGGAUAAGCAAAUGGCAGAGGAAGAAAAGGAGCUUCGAAAGUUGCUACAGGACUUGGAGGACGAGGCUGAUGCCAUGUAUAACAUUGAUACGACGGUUGAAUAUGAAGAGGAAGUAACCAUUGAGGAGCAAGUCACCAUACAAGAGGAAAUAACCAUACAAAGGGUUGACGUUGAGGGUAUUUGCUCCUCGCUGUUAAACGAUCUAAUUGAUGAAGUGACAUCCAAUAAGACUCUAGAGUCUGAGAAACCCAAAAGCUUUGAAUUUGGUACCAUUGAGUCAGACGAUGAAUACAGCUACUCCGCGGAGCCGCAGCUAGAAAAGUUGGUACCGCCCGAGCUGGAGGACCCAGCUGGCGGUAAAAGCCUUCGAGAAUGCCUGGACGUGUUCCAAGACUUCAUCACUUCCAUGGAAAAUCCGAAAGAACCAUUCAAGCUGGGUCGUGAUCCUAGCGCAUGUGCACAGAAAAUUCGUGCAGCUCAAGAGCUUUUGAAGUCUAAAAACUUGGCGGAGUUUAACUCGGACACGGCUGAAAGCCUAGACGCCAAAAUAGCCAAGGAAGCUGAGAAACGCAAGCGAAUGGUGGCAGCCUCCGCUUCCCGCUGCUUCGCUCAGCGCGAUAAAUAUGAAGACACACUGGAGGUGGUGGACAACAAGCUGAUGGUGGUCAAGAAGGAUACCGGGGAGCUGGAAGAGCUGCCACCUCCGCCAGCCCUCAUUAGUGACACCGAGUCGGAGGACUACGACACGGCCGAGGAGGAGGAGUAUACUCCGGGAAAGCAAGGACUGCGACGUCCGUGGACCACCCCGUACAAGCCAAAGCCCAGAAAGUCCGAGGAGCAUCUGGUGAUGGAUGCUCUGCAGCGAGCCCAAAUGGAGACGCUCAAUAAGAGCGGAAAGGAAGAGGAAGGAACAGAGGCGGAGGGCACAGAGGGGGAGCCGGUGGAAGAUGUGUUCUAUUCGCUAGAAGCCAUGACAACGUUUGGUAACCUGGACACGGAAUUCUUCCAAAAGUUGGAUCUCAAAAGUGUCCCGGAUGAGGAGGCAGAAUGUGCCAUUGCAUGCAUGAGGAGCUACAGCGAGCUAAAGGCAUGCAUGAAGUCCGGAUCGAAACACUUGGAGCUGACCAGCGAGGAAACCAAGAUGCUUCAGUCGAUGAUCACCAAGGAGGAACCUGAAGAUAAGCCCAAAGAUCCCAAGGUGGAUGAGGCGGAUGAGCUCCUGAACAAAAUGAUGAUUCGCAUGAAGGAGAUCGAGGAACGGGAGCGUCAGCAACAAGCGAUACCGCCAGCUGAGCCCAAGGACACAAGUCCCAUUAAACUCUCAGUUGGUGGCUUUAAGCUUUUCGAGCAAAAGGGUAGCAUUGACUUGGAAGAUAUAGACAACUCGGAUAAUGAAAACGAAAUGGAACUCAAGACAGUAACUCCGGAACAAGCUGACGAAGAAGCCAAGGUAAAAGAGGCUGUGCCAAUUCCACAGGACAAAGUUACAAACGAGCCAGUAGACAAACAGGAGUUAGACGCUCCUCCUGUUAGACACAACCGAAGUAUUGAUGAUGAUGUUCAAUCAGAUGCCUCUACCGACUACGAAUCUGGGGAAGAGGUAGCUGUGGUGGAGCCACCAAAGCUUCCUGAGUCUGUGCUAAAGACGUUUUUCUCCGAAGGAUUCGAGGCAGACUUGAGAAUGGCUAACGAGCUAGAAGAAGCCACACGUCGCAACCUCUGUAGCCUACCGCCAAAAAAGCAGAAAGCAGAUACAAAGUGUACUACAAACCCAACUGAAUAUCAAACUUUAGAAUUAACUGAACUCCCUUCAUCCUCAACGGAUAAGAAGCUCAAUCUAAGGACCGAAGCUAACCCCAACUUGACAGAAACUAAGUCCAACCAGAAGAAAGUUAAACCCGGCACUGAGACAGCCAUGUCCGAACUGGCCGUCAAUGCCAAGGCCAAGUGGGCAAAAAUAGCCAAGAGAUUGAACGAGUUCCUCGAUCCCGAUAUUAUUACAAAGCUGAAUAGCCAAGAGUUUGGUGAAAGUGAUGAUGAGGAUGAUGAUUUCGAAAUGGAUGAUGAUUUUGCCACUCCCCUAGAUGUUAUCAAAGAGGAAAGUGGAGCCCAGGAAUUCUCUGGUGUAAAUGAGAAAAUAAUUAUUCCCGACAAAAACAUUUCGAAUGAUAAUAUUGGAGAUGGAAUCGCAUCCCACAAUCCUAAAAUGGGCGAGACUGAACUAGUUGAAAAAGGAAUCCAUAUAACUGAAGGAGAGACUUGUGAUGUGUUGCAAGAAGCAAAAUCACCUAGUGAAGAUCAACAUACCACGCAAACUUCCUCAGCAACAAAACCCUUUUCAAUCGAUUACUUUGAAGGCUCAGAGCCAAUGGAUUCCGACCCUAAUGCCUCAAUUAUCCACACAGAUGUCCUCAAGACCGAACAAAUUGAAUGCAACCUGGAAAUCCUGACCGAAGACGGAGACGUGGUGGUCAAAGAAGUCAGUGUCAAUGCUCAGGUGACCUUUAAGUCGGAUCAUGUCUAAGAUGCGUUGUGGUAUAAUUUCUGAAAAUUUAUAUAGUUUUUUUUCUUUUUUACUUUCCAUAA